AGCGCGAGCUGAUUUCGAGCGGGCCUCGAUCGAGAUCCGUGCGUCGUCGCCGCCGCGACGCUCUCUCGGUGCCGCGCGCGCGCGCUUCGGCCGCCGAGAGCGUGGCGAAUCGUCUCCCCUCGUUGACUCGUCUCUUCUCGUCUUCGAUCGUCGAUUGAUCUGUUUUGUCACCACUCGGGGCGAGAAAAACAACGUGUCGUCACGCGCGCGGGAUGCGUCGCGCCGCGCGUGGCCCACAGCGACGCGCCCCGCUCUCGUUUCGUCGCAGCAUCUCUCGUCGCCGCCGAGAGUUUGUUUAAAAGUAACGCGAAUAACGCGAGAAAAACGACGGCGGAGCCGGAUUUUAAUAACCGGUUAUCAAAUGGACAUAUUUUUGCAGACAACGGUAUUUCGAUAUCUCCGCCGUCCGGCUCGGAAAAGCUCGUUUCAAUGUUUUCUUCUUCCUCCCGGAAAGGGCGAGAUCGAUUUGACGGGAAAGGCGAGAAAUCGCGAGAUCGCAAAGCUCCGAGGUCCCCGAGUUUCAGUUUUACGACUAUCGGAUUCCUUUCCGCUUCACAUUUGGUAUUUUAUCGAAUCGUUACGCAGCGCAGUGAUACGUGAGCGUCGGGAACAGCGAGGAAUAGAAAGUAAUCCAGAAAUGUUAAAACCAAUCUCCACGUGCUAUCCGGACAGUCGUUUGCGGGGGAACGAAUUUUUCGCAAUCAACAGGUUUCGACGCAUUCAUUUUUCGCGAGAUUAAAACCAGCAGCCGAUCCCCGGAUUGACGAGUGAUACGAAACCGUCUGAUCGUUCUGUUCUACCGUAUCGUGCUUCACGAAUCGAUCCUUCGUGGAUGUUUCCGAAGUCGCGAUUACAAGAGAAGACCCUGUUGACGGUAUAAAUAGCACAUAUACAUGAAGCACGAGGUUUCAUUCUAAAGUGUACAUAAUAUAUGUAAGAAUGGAAACGACAAGCUCUAUCGCAUUGCACACACGCUCGCAGUGAGCCAGGCGGCUAUUAUUAAUCGAUUGCAGAAGAUUUAUCUCUAACGUCCUCCGCGCGCCGCAUCGAUACAGGCGCGCCAAGAUGCACGCUUCAAGAUAUCCUGGAUAUCACGUUAACGCAGGUCGCGAUUACGCUACGGAUGGCGAAGAGAGCCAAAGAGCUCCUUCCGAUCGCACCGUGUCCGAGUACAUCGUUACUAACGAGCACACCACUAUGGUGAAGCCAAUAAGGAAGAAUCAUCAUGCGGAUAAGUACGACAGGGAAGAGGAGAGGAGAUCCAAAAGCGCGCACAAUAUUCGCGAUUCGGUAUUGUCGGGAUCUUCGAAGCAUAGUUUACAUCCGCUACGUAAAAGUGCCUCGCACGGCAGCAUCUGCGACAAUGGUUCAGAUAUAUACGUCACCAGUGCCGCGUACAGAGGCACUUCCGACAUAAGUCGGGUAUCGCGCCAUAGCUUAGCGCCGAGCUCCAGAUUGGACCAUAGAGCGCCUAGUCAUUACAGCUAUGGUUCCGGCAGAUCGGGCACCUCGACAGUGAAAACCCACACAUCACGGAAAGGCGGUAUAAUCGUGGAAACCAUGUCCACGCCUAACCCUUUCUGCCCAAAUACUAAAGGCGUCUGUUGCCUAAUGUUACUCCUCAAUCUCGGUUUGAUUCUGGUGACUCUCGGCUUCGUUAUCGUAAUACAAUUUUUCCAGCCGCUAGUUGUGUGGAUAUUAGGAAUAGUAUUCUUGGUGUUUGGAUUUUUGACACUGAUUGGUAGCCUCGUAUACUGCGUACACGUGUUCAGAAAUGCCAAACACCCACAUGAUAUAAAUCCAGAAGAUCUAUAUUGGACACGUUACUGGCAGGGUCACGUUGGUUCAGCGCCCGAAGUUUAUUAUAAAGCUGAAGACAAGUAUCAGGAUGAUGGCUAUAGUGACCGAUAUAGUAAAUAUUCGGGGAAAUAUUACGACAGACAGAGUCAAAGAUAUUAAUCCAAGUAUGAAGAAUAACGUUGAGAUUAAUUAGAAUACCAGUCACUUUGCCGACUUACAUCCAUGAAAAAUUUGAAAGACGAUGGAAAAAUAAGGAAAAAAACUAAUCUCAGUGCAAUAAAACGUACUACUUACGUAUAUCUGUAUACGUAGAUACUGUACUAACAUUUCUCUUUCUUAUCUACAAUGCUAUUGUACAUUUUACAUCUUUUGUACCAAUAAAUAAUCCGUAAGAAA